AUGACAGGCGAGGAGGCAGUGGUGGUGACCGCAGCGGUGGCGCCCGAGGCGGGUCGCGAAGAGGAGCAGCCUCCGCCGCCAGCAGGGCUGGGGUGCGAGGCGCGAGGGGAGCCCGGCCGCGGCCCACUAGAGCACGGCCAGCAGUGGAAGAAAUUUUUAUAUUGUGAGCCACAUAAGAGAAUUAAGGAAGUACUGGAAGAAGAACUUUAUAUUAAGAGAGAUGAAUGCCACAUUAAAAAUCCAGCUGCAGUGGCCCUGGAAGGGAUUUGGAGCAUUAAAAGGAAUCUCCCUGUAGAAGGCUUGAAGCCAGGACUGCCGAGCAGAAACAGUUUAUUGCCACAAGCCAAGUACUAUUCCAGGCACGGAGGACUGAGAAGUAAGACCCUGAUGCCCUUGACUUCCACUGAAGCCCCUACGGGGACUUUGCAGUUUACAGACAAGUGGUAUAUGCUCUGUUUAAAGAUCUCAAUCAGAAUUCAACCUUCCUUUGACUUGUUUCUCUUGGGUUGCUUUUAGUUUGGCCAUAUUAUGUCAUUAUGGAACUCAAACUGUAACAAUUCAUCUAACCAAUUUACCCCCAUGGAUACAACAGAAGUUCAUCCUCUGGGUUACACUCAUGACUUUUUUCUUUACUUUCUAUCUACACAAGACUUUCUAGCACACAGUCAGCCUUUGUGAAGAGGAAUC